AUGGAGUCUUCAACUGAAUAUACAGAAAUAAGUGAAGGCAGAGCAAAAAUUCGGGUGCCUAGCUCUAGCAAAGUAUUUUAUAAUCCUGUGCAAGAGUUUAAUAGAGAUUUAAGUAUUGCUGUUCUUUCAGUAUUUUCUGAAAUCCAUCAUAACGAAAAACUGAAAACCAGAAAAAGACAAAGAUCCCCUGAUGAGAAUAAUAUAACACAAGCUGAACCUGUGAAACUAGAAAUUGGAACACAAAUUGAAUCGGGUUUAGAAAUAUUAGAAGCAUUAGCAGCCACAGGUUUACGAGCUAUUAGAUAUGCUCUUGAAGUUCCAGGAGUUAAACAAAUAUAUGCUAAUGAUAUAUCAAAAACUGCUGUACAAAUAAUGAAUAAAAAUAUUGAAGAAAACAAUGUUAAAAAUUUAGUUACAUCUACACUCUAUGAUGCUGCACAUGUUAUGAGAAAAAGACAAUUUGAAUCUGAAACUAAAUUUGAUGUUGUCGAUUUAGAUCCUUAUGGAUGCCCAACAAAUUUAUUAGAUCCAGCUGUGUGUAGCCUUGCUGACAAUGGAUUGUUGUUAGUCACUUGCACUGACAUGGCUGUCUUAGCUGGUAAUACACCAGAAUCGUGUUAUGCCAAGUAUGGUUCAAUAUCAUUGAGAUCUCCAGCUUGUCAUGAAAUGGCAUUAAGAAUUGUUUUACAUACAAUUACAAAUGUGUGUACUCGAUAUGGUCGUUAUAUGGAACCAUUAUUAUCAAUAAGUGCUGAUUUUUAUAUAAGGGUAUUUGUAGUUGUACGUACUAGUCCUUUUAUGUGUAAGACAAUGUCUAGCAAAAUGUCAACAGUGUAUAAGUGUAGAGGAUGUAAUAUGACAACUUUAUUACCAUUGGGUUCUGCUAAAUCAGAUACAAAAAAUAUGAAAUUUACUCUUUUGUCUGGCCCACCAGUUGACAAAAAAUGUGAACAUUGUGGAUUUCCUCAUUUAAUGGGAGGUCCUAUAUGGACAGGUCCUUUGUAUAACACUGAAUUUCUCACUAAAUUGUGCAAUUACAUAAAAACUGAAGAAGCUGAAAAAAAAUUUAAUACCAUUAGGCGAAUGAGAGGAAUGUUAGGUAUGAUGCAAGAAGAAUUACAGGAUAUUCCAUUGUAUUAUACAGUACCUUCACUUACCAACACUGUUCAUUGUGAAGCAAUGCCAUUGAGAUACUUCUUUUCUGCAUUAGUGGGUGCUGGAUACCGUGUAUCUUCAUCACAUUGUGCACAAAAUAGUGUUAAAACUGAUGCACCUCAAUCAGUUAUUUGGGAUGUCAUUAGAACUUGGGUUCAAACACAUCCAGUAUCCGAAAAACGAUUACAAGAUUCUGUUGCAGCAAGAACAAUUUUGUCUAAACAGUCGAUGACUGAAAUCAUUUUUGAUAAAAAAUAUAAUACAGUACCCAAAUCAUUGCAGGGAUUAGUACGUUAUCAACAGAAUCCUGCACCAUACUGGGGACCAGGAACUAAAGGAAAUUCAAAACAGAAAGUUGUCCUAAGUGCUACAGAAGUGGAAGGUGAAACGGAUAUCAAAUGUUCUAAAUAGUUUAAUUUUGUAUGUAACUUGAAUAUGACAUGUUAUGUUAUAACAGAUUAUUUUUACAAUAUAACCUAUAGUUUAUAAAUAUUGUUUUAAUUUAUGGAAUAAUUUAU